AUGGCGUCUCACGAUCCAUUUCCUGACGUGGUUAUAGGUUAUCCUAAACUUGCCGCCAGGAUUGAGAUUCAGCCUGAAAUCGCAAUCUAUCGAAGAUUCGGUGCACUGAAUGCUCAAAAUUUACUUUAUUUCCAAGCAGAGCUUUCUGAUCUAGAGCAGGAGUUGAAGAAGCAACAGGUAGAAGAUAGCAACAGUCAGGAGGGAAAGAGGUCAUCAUACGCGAAGAAUUGGAGCUGGCUCCAAGAAUCAGAACUUCAAGGCGACGAGAACGCUCGGCAAGUGCAACUCGUCUUGAGGAUAAGAGAAACAUUAAGGGAAUACAACCAUGCACUCAUACAACAGUCCGUCAUUCUCGACUACCCCGAGCCUGGAAGAUGGGAUCUCCAUUAUAUCCAGGAUUACCUGCAGAAUCCAAGGAUGGGAACGCUCGUGUUGGAGGGUGAGGACUCAACGAUAUGGGGUUCCAUGCAUAACCGAACCUCGCACAAGCCUGAUCUCAUCGCCCUGCAUCCUCGCGCGAAAAAAGACCCGUUUUCCAUGUGGGCAGCCAAAACAGCUAUAUCAAAUCUCUUCUGUCUCGCUCGUUGCUUGAAACCCUCUGCAGUUCAUGGUACAAUUGGGUAUGAUGACAGCACAAUCUAUAGGAUUACAUAUUGGAUCACUAGCAUUUUGGCUUCCCUGAUUCCAAUAGCAUCCAUCGUGGUACUGUACUGUGUUCAAUCUAUGCCAGCAAAACUCGGGAUUAUCGCUGCAUUUAACGUUCUUGUCUCGGUCUGCUUGAUGGGAUUCGCUAAUGCGAAGCGAGUAGAGGUCUUUGCCAUCACGGCUGCGUAUGUAUGCAAACUCUCCUCUGUCUCAAAGACUGACAUUCGUAGGUUCGCUGCAGUACAGGUCGUUUUUGUAGCGUCAGACAAAAGCAACCAGGCCUAG